AAUGAUAAAAACAUACUCGUGCAUUACCAAAAAUGCUUUUCCCUAAACUUAUAAGACUGAAAAUUAUAAUUUUUUAAUUAAUCAUGUCAAAAAUUUAAAUUUUUUAUUCAAUUUUAUUUUAUUGUCAUAAAUAAUAUUAACUCAUAUCUUGAUAAAAAUAAUUAAAAAAAAAAAAGCAACCCUUGAGAAAGAGAUUUGACAGAAGAUAGGAAGUCGGGAAAUGAGGAGACUGAAAUCAAUAGCCACCGCCACCAAUAAUGCUAAAUUCCUCGGGAACUAAUUAAACUCUACUACUUCUUCUACAUAACAUGGGAAAAAAAGCAAACACCACAAACAACAACUCCCUUCCGUCGAUGGAUACACAAUCAAUCGCCAUUUCCGUCGAUGACUCCUACCUCUCUUUGCUUGUCACAGCCACUGAUCACCAAAACCUCCAACACCUCAUGUCCGACGACGACUACGCUCAAGAACUGCAGCUCCAGGAGGCCAUUAUGGUUUCCAUCCUCUCCGCCCAAAUUCCCCAAACUCCAAACAUUUCCGUCGACCAAACGUCACGAAAGAAGUCCAAGACUGUCGUUGGGGAACCGUCGCAAACACUUUGCGAGAUCUGCGCCGACAGAAAAGACGGCGAUCAAAUGUUUUCAGUCCCCAACUGCAGCCACCGCUUCUGCACGGAAUGCAUCACGAAGCAUAUAUCGAUAACCAUCAAGAAAGGAGCCAUCGUAAACCGCAAAGCAGAAGCGCGUUCUCUCAGCUGCCCCGGGGUAGACUGCAGAGGCGUGCUUGAGAUCGAGGCGUGCAGAGGAAUCGUGGCGGACGAUGUUGUUGCCGCGUGGGACGACGCUAUAUGCGAGUCGAUGAUAGCGCCGUCGCAGAGGUUUUACUGUCCAUACAAGGACUGUUCAGGGCUGUUGGUGAAUGAUAGUGGUGGUAUAAGGGAGGCUGAGUGCCCUUUCUGCAGGAGAUUAAUGUGUGCGCGGUGCAAUGUGCCGUGGCAUUCUGGGUUUGAGUGUGAGGAGUUUUCGAGGUUGAGGGAAGAUGAGAGGGGGAGAGAUGAUCUGAUGGUGCAGGAGCUCGCGAAGCAGAAUAAGUGGCGGAGAUGCCAUAAGUGCAAGUUCUUCGUGGAGAAAAAUAAUGGCUGCUUGCAUAUGACAUGCAGGUGUGGAUUUCAAUUUUGCUAUGCCUGUGGAGCAGUUUGGAGUAACAAUCAUGGUGGUUGCCGGUGACCAGUAAU